CUCCAUGUUUGCCGGGUCCACCGUUCCGCUGUACCCACAAUGCCGACGGCUACCAAGAUGGCGGCCACUGGGGUCCUGCCGUUCGUCCGAGGCGUCGAUUUAAGUCGGAAUGACUUCUCGGAAUGUCACUUCCCGAAGCAUGUGCAGGACAUGGCUAGCCUGCGCUGGCUGCGGCUCAACAAGACGGGAAUCGACAAACUUCCCGAGGAGCUGGCGGACCUCAAGAAACUGGAGCACAUCCAUGUGGCCCAUAACAAGCUGGUCAGUCUGCACGGAGCCGAGCUGGCCGCGCUGCCCAACCUCAGGGCGGUGAACGCUCGCUACAACCAGCUGCGGAACACCGGCAUCCCGGGGGAGAUCUUCGAGAACGAGGAGCUGUCCGUCUUGGAUUUCAGCCACAACGAGCUGAAGAUGACUCCAUCAGAGCUGGAGAAUGCAAAAGGCUUACUAGUGCUGAACCUGUCCAACAACCGUAUUGACAACAUCUCCAACCAGCUGUUCAUCAACCUGACAGAUCUGCUGUUCCUGGACCUCAGCAACAACAAACUGGAGUCCCUCCCGCCCCAGAUGCGGCGCCUGGUGCACCUGCAGACCCUGAUCCUGAACAACAACCCUCUGCUGCACGCCCAGCUCAGACAGCUGCCCUCCAUGACAGCUCUGCAGACUCUGCACCUGCGCAACACGCAGCGCACAUCCAGCAACAUCCCCACCGCGCUGGAGACACUCGUCAACCUUACAGAUGUAGACCUGGCGUAUAACGAGCUGAGCCGUGUUCCGGAGGCGCUCUACACUCUCAGCUCGCUCAAGAGACUCAACCUCAGCAACAACUGCAUCUCCGAGCUCUCCCUUCUCAUAGACACCUGGACUAACGUGGAGGUACUCAACGUCUCCUGCAACAAACUCAAGUCACUGCCGGGCUCUCUGUCGAAGCUGGUCUCGCUGAAGCGUCUCUACAUCAACGUGAACCAGCUGGACUUCGAGGGCAUCCCGGCCUCCAUCGGCAAACUGCAGAACCUCGAGCACUUCGUGGCCUCCAACAACAACCUGGAGCUCAUCCCCGAGGGGCUCUGCAGAUGUGGGAAGCUGAAGCGACUGAUCCUAAACAGGAACAGACUGGUGACCCUGCCGGACGCCAUCCACGCGCUCACGGAUCUGGAGACGCUGGACAUCCGGGACAACCCCAACCUGGUCAUGCCCCCCAAACCCAAGGAGAAGAAAACCGGCAGUGGUCCCGAGUUCUACAACAUCGACUUCUCGCUACAACAUCAGCUGAGGCUCGCUACAGGGGCACCCCCCUCCCCCUCACAGGGGCAGCAACCCUCCAAGGACCCCCUGGCCAGGAAGAUGCGGCUCAGGAAGGUCAAGGACACAGCUGGGGACAGCGACAAGGUUCUCAAGGGCAUGACUGGAGUGACAGAAGAGAAGAACAAAAGGUUGAAGGAGUGGACCAAGGAUCAGGAGCAGGAGGGAGACAGACAGGAGGCAAAGCCGCGACGGUGGGACGAGGGUCUGGAGCGGCCGCAGCUCGACUACAGCGACUUCUUCACGGAGGACACGGGACAGACGGCCGGCGUCACCGUCUGGCAGAUCGAAAACUUCCUGCCUGUCCUCAUCGAGGAAGCCCAACAUGGGAAGUUCUACGAUGCCGAUUGUUACAUCAUCCUGAAGACCAGCCUUGACGACCAGGGCAACACUGAGUGGAUGAUCUUCUACUGGAUCGGAGCCGACGCCACACUGGAUAAAAAAGCCUGCGCCGCGAUUCACUCCGUCAACUUGAGGAACCUUCUGGGCGCCGAGUGUAGAACCAUCAGGGAAGAGCAAGCUGACGAGAGUGAGGAGUUCCUGGAGGUUUUUGACCACAACAUCUCGUACAUCGAGGGCGGCACAGCGAGCGGCUUCUUCACAGUGGAGGACACGCAGUACACCGUGCGCAUGUAUCGGGUUUCCAUCCCGAAAACGUACAACAUUCACCUGGAGCCAGUUCCAGUGAAGCAGGAAACCAGAGGUCUUCUUAAUAUGGUAAAGUUUUGCUGUACUUUGAUUGACAUCUCUUCCUCCAGGCUGAUGGCAGAAAAAAUCAACAAGAACGAGCGGAAAAACGAGGCGGAAAUCAGCGUCAUUCGGCAGGGCCAGGAGACCAAGGCCUUCUGGGAGCUGCUAGGAGGUCUGCCUGAUGAGAUUAUGCCCCACGUACCUGACGACUUUGCGCCGCCCAAACCCAGACUGUACCAGGUGUGCUUGGGGAUGGGAUACUUGGAGCUGCCACAAGUUGAGCUUGGGUCGGGCCAGCGGCUGCGGAAGGUUGUGCUGAACACCAGGAAUGUCUACAUCCUGGACUGCUACUCCGACGUGUUCGUGUGGUUGGGCAGGAAGUCGACCCGGCUGGUGAGGGCAGCAGCGCUGAAACUGUCCCAGGAACUCUGCAACAUGCUGCCCAGACCUGACGUUGCCAUGGUAACAAGAGUACAGGAAGGGACGGAGACGCAGGUGUUCAAGUCCAAGUUUACCGGCUGGGACGACAUCGUUCCUGUGGACUAUACCAAAAGUGCAGAGGAGGCGCACAAGGGCGGCCCUGAGAUCAAACGGGAUGAGGAGCAGGCUAAGAAGGAGGCUAAGACGGACCUGUCGGCCCUCUUCAUGCCCCGACAGCCGCCCAUGUCCUCAGCAGAGGCCGAACAGCUGAUGGAGGAGUGGAACGAGGAUCUGGACGGGAUGGAGUCGUUUGUUCUGGAGGGCAAGAAGUUUGUCCGACUACCUGAGGAGGAGAUCGGUCACUUCUACAGCGGAGACAGUUAUGUGUUCCUGUGCCGGUACUGUCACUUCUACAGCGGGGACAGUUACGUGUUCCUGUGCCAGUACUGUCACUUCUACAGCGGGGACAGUUACGUGUUCCUGUGCCAGUACUGUCACUUCUUCAGCGGGGACAGUUACGUCUGGCAGGGCCGAGACGCAAGCAACAUGGGCUGGCUCACUUUCACUUUCAGCCUGCAGAAGAAGUUUGAGUCGCUGUUCCCAGGAAAACUGGAGGUGGUGAGAACACACCAGCAACAAGAGAACCUGAAGUUCCUGGCUCACUUCAAGAAGAAGUUCAUCAUCCACCAAGGUCACAGGAAGGACAAACCAGCAGAGCCGCAGCCGUCGCUGUUCCAGAUCAGGGCCAACGGCAGCCCGCUCUGCACCAGGUGUAUCCAGAUCCCAGCUGAGGGCAAACUGCUAAACUCGGAGUUCUGCUACAUCCUGAAGGUUCCGUUUGACAACGACGAGACGAACGGGAUAGUGUACGUGUGGAUCGGGCGCUGCUCCGAACCCGACGAGGCAAAACUGGUGGAGGACGUCUCCAACGACAUCAACCCCAACGGCUCCUACAGUGUGCAGAUCCUGAACGAGGGGGAGGAGCCCGAGAACUUCUUCUGGGUGGCGCUGGGCGGGCGGACCGAGUAUGAGGAGGAUGCAGAGUUCAUGCGGCACACGCGGCUGUUCCGCUGCUCUAAUGAGAAGGGAUUCUUCACCGUGUCCGAGAAGUGCUCAGACUUCUGCCAGGAUGACCUUGCUGAUGAUGAUGUCAUGCUGCUCGACACCGGAGCGGAAGUGUUCGUCUGGGUGGGGCCGACUGCGAGUCAGAUCGAGGCUAAACUGGCCAUCAAGAGUGCACAGGUGUACAUCCAACACCUGCGCUCGAAGGGGAUCCAGCGGAAGCUUCGGCUGACAGUUAAGAACAAGGAGCCGUACAAGUUCACCUGCUGCUUCCACGGGUGGGGCCGCCACCGCCAGCAGGCCAAGCAGUUCAAGGGGCUCGGGUGGGUCUUCUAGACGUCUUAACGGCAGGAUGGGUCUUCUAAGGCAUCUUCAAGUACAC